AUGAUCGGCUCGUGCGCCCAGCUGUCCCUUCGGGCAUGUCGGCAGGGAUCCCAGACAGCGUUGAAGAACACACGUCUCCCCAUCCAGUCCAAUGUUCUCAAAAGCAAGGUUCUCCAACGUGGUGGUUUCCGCUGUGUAGCCACUUCAUCCCAGUUGAAGCUCAGCCAAUCAUCUGAACUGAAGCCUAGUGGUCUGCAGACCACCUUAAUUUCCCCAUCAUUUUUUAGCCAGCGCAGAUGGGCCAGCUCAAACUCACCAGACAACAAACCUGGGGAUCUACCCGAGGAAUCAAAGAAGAAGCCAAUUCUCUCACGCAUUCCUUUGCCGACAUCCCACGAGAACAUCUACACAGUACCCAACAUUCUCACCUUCUCCAGACUUGUGGCCGCCCCUGUAGUUGGGUAUCUCCUAGUGAACAACCAUCACGCAGCCGCGCUAUCUCUCUUUGCCUAUGCCGGAAUCACCGAUUUAGUCGACGGCUGGAUCGCCCGCCGAUGGAAUCUGCAGACAGUUGUCGGAACGAUCAUCGACCCCAUGGCCGAUAAGUUGCUCAUGACGAUCGGUGUCGCAUGUCUCGCCGUCAACGGCUCCCUUCCCAUCUGGCUCGCUGUGAUCAUUCUCGGUCGGGACGUCGGCCUCGCCAUGUCCGCGAUUUAUUACCGUUGGAUCUCACUGCCUGAGCCCAAGACUAUGGCCCGGUACUGGGAUUUCUCGCUUCCCUCGGCGGAAGUCAAGCCCACGGAGAUCUCCAAGAUCAACACGGCUCUGCAGCUGGUGUUGGUUGGUAGUGCGAUUGCGCUUCCUGUGGUCCCUGAGGCGUUGGUGAGUGCCUGGCAUUUGAGCGAGGCCAUGACUGGAUUCCAGUAA